GUCACCGGAAGUAGCUUUGUUCGCAUGCGCUUCAGAUCUAUUCACACACCCACGAUUUUUGUGCGGUUGGAAAGAUGAGUCUCAUCGCUGUACUGGAGUGGGCAGUAAGCUGUGCAGUAGGAGACACCAUCUGGGAGACGACGGUCCGCCUCUCUGGUCUCCUUGGAGCUCUUUUCCUUCUGCUUCUCUUCCUCGUGCGUACUCCAAAUAGCGCCCACCACGUGUAUCUGCUCUCGCCUCCCUCAGUUGUUUGUGUUUCUGAGCGUGACGUCAGCACGAGAGCCAGACCUUUACAGGAGCUCGUCAGAGAAGAAUUUCAAGGACCCAAAGACGGGAGAGAGUGCACCGUUCCCCUCGGUGACUGACCGUCCUUCUCUCUACCUCUCCCUCAUCGUGCCGGCAUACAAGGAGCAAGACAGACUGCCUGUUAUGAUGGAUGAAACUAUGGCAUACCUGGAGAAAAGACAGUACCAGGACUCUGGGUUUACCUACGAGGUAAUCAUAGUCAAUGAUGGUAGCACAGACAACACCUCGGACGUGGCUCUGGGGUACGUGACGAAGUACGGGGCUGACAAAGUGAGACUACUGGAGUUUACUCACAACAGAGGGAAGGGAGGAGCUGUGAGAGAUGGUGAGGGUUGUCUCAGUUGUAGAGGAGAGAGGGUGCUAAUGGUGGAUGCAGAUGGAGCCACCAAAAUAUCUGACGUGGAGCGACUGGAGGAAGCUCUAUCCAAACUAGCCAAAGACCACACAGUGCCGGCGCUGGUAGUUGGUUCACGGGCCCAUCUCCAGGAGCAGGCUGUGGCUGAAAGGUCUUUCUUCCGGAACAUUCUAAUGUAUGGGUUCCACCUGCUGGUGUAUGUCCUGUGUGUAAGAGGAGUGGGGGACACUCAGUGUGGCUUCAAGCUCUUCACCAGAUCGGCAGCCGCCACACUCUUCACGUCCAUGCACAUCAACCGCUGGGCAUUUGACGUUGAGGUCCUGUACAUAGCCCAGCAGCUGGGGAUGCCCGUUGAUGAGGUAGCCGUCAACUGGAAGGAAAUAGAAGGUUCAAAGCUGGUGCCAGUCUGGAGCUGGCUUCAAAUGGGCAGGGACAUCCUCUUCAUUAGGUUGCGGUACACGUUCGGAAUCUGGAGGAUUGGCUCAAACAAGCCAAAACAGCAGUAGCCAAAUUUUCCUUUUUCUUCCUGUUAUCCCCCUCACUUUCUACUGAGUAUUUCGUAAUACAACUCCAUACUCUGCACCUCCGAGCUAUACUACUGCACCUCGUAGCUUAUUUUCAUGAUUUUCAGUUUGUAGUAAGAUAGAGGGAAAAGAUGAAAGUUUGGAAUACUAGUGAGAUUGGUAAAAGGCGAAAGUUUAGAUAAUUGUAGAGGAAAGACGAACUGGUUUUCAUCAUGCAUUUGGACAAGUUGAGGAAAUGUUAUGUUGAAAAUAAUGACUAAUAAUUAUUUCAUUGUAUAUUUAGUGUAGGGGCUCACGCACCAUAGUGGCAUAGUGGUGGUCCACAUGCAGGUGACCAAAGUGACCAAAAGUGACCACAGGGUGACGAAAAGAAACCAAAUAGUAUAAGAGUUGGAUGGACGGAUAACUGAGCUCACAAAGUCUUGAGUUUUUUGUGUUUUGUUGGGAUGAAUUGCGAAGAGAGAGAGUGAGAGGGAAAGUUUACAGCAAGAGAGGCGGUGAGGGCGGUGAUGUAUAUAGUAACUCAAUAUGACAGUGUUUGCGGAGCUAAGGGAAUACAAAAGAAGCCUUUGAGGUAGUGGACAAAAGAUAAAACAUAUCUGGGUCUCUACGGGUAGCGGUGUGUUGUGUGGG